CUCCACACGACUGCGCCCACCGCAACCAGCAGAGAACGUCACCCUUCUAUCUCUGCUGCGGCUCAACCCACUCGCAGCCUCCAACCCUCGCUCAUUCUUUGAACCUUGCGAUCCCCAAUUCGCGAGCCUACCGCAACGUCACGACAGUCGGCCGUGUGUGUACGCUCCCCGCAGCCUCCAUCGAGCCCUGCGCUACUCUGGUCUCUUGUCGCUAAGAGAGCACCGCCAUGGCUCCCGGCGGAAAGCGGAAGCGUGGUGACGCCCGCAGCUACGCUGGAGACGACGACAGUUCGAAUCGGCCGUCGCCGCAUCGCCCUCAGAACCUCACGCUCGCGCAGGCCCAGCAGACGAACAGUCCCCGCGGCGGCAGGCGCGGCAGCCGGACUGGUGGACGCGGUGGCUCCAGUGCUCCUCAUAGCCCCAGUGUCUCGCAUGCCUCUCCCUCGGCCAUGUCGCCGCCUGCGAGCGCAUACCAGGCCAGCAAGCUCGUCCACGCAACCCCGUCGACUCCGGUGCCAUCCAAAGAGCAACCGUCUACUCAGUCGGCUACUCCCCAAGUCCCCGAGAGCAACGAUCACCUCACACCCGAGCGUGUCGCCAAUUGGAAUGCCGCGGCGCGCAACGCCGUCGUCCAGGUCGCCAUCACCGCUCAGCGUGACGGCGAUAUCUUCAACCUGGCAGUCGUGUUCCAUGAAAUCAUACAAGCAUGUAUGGAGAAGUGCAUGGACCCGGAGGAGCUUGGCUCCAUGGUGCGCGAAAUUGUAGCGGCGCCCUCCGACGAUUCUGUUGACCCAGCCGCCACCUUCUUGGACACUAUGAGCUCCCUCACGGAGAAUGAGGAGGUACAUGCACAGCUUCGACAGAUGCUGCUUGUGACGGACAUCGAUGUUACCAAGAUUCGAAGCGAGCUUGAGAGCAGUCUACUCACCUCAUUAGAGCUCGUACGACCGAGCUUCUCCCGAGUUGCCGUCCGAAAGGCCACCAAUGCUUUGUACCGACAGACGAACUACAACCUGCUGCGGGAAGAGACCGAAGGCUUUUCCAAGCUUAUCACGGAAUACUUCACCACGGUGAACAACGAACGUCCGAAUGGAGAAGUCGUGAGCGACACAUACCGGCGAGUCAACGGCUUCAUUGGGGCGUUCGACCUUGACGUCGGGAGGGUUCUUGAUGUCACCUUAGACGUCUUCGCAAAUCUUCUCGUCAAGCACGGCAGGUUCUUCGUCAAAUACCUCCGAGCUAGUGCAUGGUGGCCAGAGUUACAGGGCACAGAUGGCAUGGAAUGGGAGGAACCAGAGGUCCGGACGCUGCCCAACUGGGCUCUGCCGGAGUCGUUCUAUUGGUACGACACGGACGCGGAGAAAGAAGAACAGCUUCAGCUCCGCGAGCAACGCGACCAGAGAUUCUGGCAGCGGGUAGCCCAUCUGGGUGACCGCGCUGGCAUCAAAGCCUUCUUCGAGCUCGGCGCUCGCCGCAUCACUCGGAAGCUCAACGAGACGGAAAAUUCAAAUGCCGAAGACAAACCGGGAUCAUCUAAGCAGACUGCCACACAACAGUGGACCGACGAGUGGAUUGCCCAGACAGGAACCCUUCCUCCCCCAGGAAACGACAUCGCUGCUCAGCUGCUAGGCUUCAAGCUCCGGUUCUAUGCUUCCGACGCCCGGGACACGCACGAUAUCCUACCGGACAAUCUCAUCUACCUUGCCGCGCUCCUGAUCAAGAUUGGCUUCAUCUCUCUGAUGGAUCUCUAUCCUCACCUAUAUCCGGCAGAUGAGGACAUGCCUGCCCACCGUGAGAAGCUCGAGAAGGAAAAGAAGGACAAGGAGGCAAAACGUCGAGGGAAAUCUAUGAAUGCACUCGCCAUGGCAGGAGCACUCCCUGACGAUACCCUUCCCGCGCCCGCAGUCCUUCGCCUCCGAGAAGCUGAGAGCAAGCCAUCCUCAAAGCCAGAGUCAGGGCGAAGUACGCCCGCAAAAUCCGACGACGAGGCGAAAACAAAGUUGCCGGAACCGGCCGAUCAGAAGGUGGCUCUACUCCGAAGCCUGCUCUGCAUCGGCGCACUUCCCGAAGCAUUGUUCAUUCUCGGCCGCUUCCCGUGGCUAUUGGAUGUCUAUCCUGACCUCCACGCCUUCGUCUUCCGUCUCGCACAUCACUCACUGAACAAGGUCUACGAAGCAUCUCGACCUGUUCCUCCCGACAAGAUACCGUGCGUCGCCAAAGGAGCGAACACCAGCCCGAUCCAGCGUUUAAGUGAUUUUGAGCCCCGACGGACGCUUCGAUGGGCGAAGCCAGACCAGAAGGAUGCUGGUGAUGGCAUCGACUAUCGAUUUUACUGGGAAGAUUGGGCUAACAACGUUCCCAUCUGCCAGGACGUUGAUGAUGUUUUCCGGUUAUGCAACUCUCUCUUAGCCUUGAUCGGGGCCGAAUGCGGCAGGGAUAUUAUGCUUAUGACCAAGCUCGCGCGGAUUGGAAAGAAGAGCGUGACCCAAGACCCCUCUCCUGAAAACCUAAAGCGUUGGUCGGACUUCUCAGCAACAUUCCUUGCUCCGGCCCUGACAUUUACCGGACAAAAUCCUGGUGUCGUAAACGAAAUGUGGGAACUUUUCAGACGCUUCGACACGGGUACCCGGUAUACGAUUUACUCGCACUGGUUCCGAUCCACGAAGCCAGCCCUGAGGGUCGCCUUCCAGGAAGUCUUCGAUGACACUAGGGACCUCUUAGGAAAGAUAUCCGCCACCAACACGAGGCCGAUGGGUAGGGCUAUGGCCAAAUUGGCCUGCGCAUGCCCCGGUGUUGUCUUCCAGCAAACUCUCAAACAGGGUCAGAGCUACAUAAACAUGAUCGAUGCUCUUGUCGAGUGUAGCCGAUAUCUGACUAGCCUGGGCUACGACUGCUUGACUUGGGCCCUCGUCAACACUUUUAUCACCAACAACAAAGAGACCCUGCAAGGAGACGGCAUGCUGAUCAAGCCAUGGCUGAAGAACACUGCCAUCUUCAUCGGCAAGGUGUAUAAGCGAUUCAGCCUCAUGGACCCAACCCCCGUUCUUCAAUUCAUAACGCACCAGCUGCUAUGCCCAACUGGUGAGCUACACAUGCUCGCGGUCCUUGAACAGAUCAUCGUCUCAAUGGCUGGAAUCGGACUGAGCGGGGCCCUUACUGAAGCCCGCGUUCUUUCGCUUUCUGCUGGACCGAGCUUACGAGCGUACACGCUGGAACACCACCUUGGUGAUCAUCGCCAUCAAGCCAAGUCUCCCGCGAGACGACUCAUUAGAUCCCUGAAAGAGACGGGAUUGACACCUCAAAUUCUCAUCGCCCUUGCACGCCAGGUGGAAUCGUACUUAUUCCGAGAAGAGCUAGAGGGUGUUCCAGACAAAGUUGUCUUUACCAACUACGACAACCUACGUUCGAGCUUCGCUCAAUACCUCGAGUUCUUGCGAGAGAACCUCGCUGCAGAAGAGUUCGACGAGACGAUCCCUGGCUUAGUGGAGCUGAUGUCGGAGUACCAUCUGGAAGCGAGUCUCGCGUUCCAUAUUUCUCGCGCUAGUAUCGCCCUCAAGGUGGACGCCAUCAGGUUGAAGGAGCUUCCGCGGAAUGGGAUUGCCACCGACGGCGAUGUCGUCAUGGGUGGGGUUGAAACCGCAUCGGCACCCAAUGGGAUUUUCCACAACAAUCCCACCAAUACGGAAGACGUCGAGAUGAUUGACGUUGGCCCUGAUACCCCAACCGGAACGAACGAGCCGAAUGCCGAGAAUUCCUCCACGCGUAACGCGGCCCGUGGUGCCCGCGUAUCACCUACACUACGUUCCAAUGCUGAGAUCGAAGCGCUGGCAGCUCAGCUUAAGGCUGCACUCCCUGACAAAUACGCCGAUCACCCUUGCCUCACCUUCUUCGUGACAUUCUGGCAGCUUUCGGUCAAGGAUGUCUACAACCCUAAUGGCAUGGAGCUGAAGAAACAAUACGACGAUUGCAAGACCUACUUCAACAAUAAAGCGAGCACCUCAAGCCCUGAUCGCCGGAACUUUAGCCAAGCGAAAGCGGAGGUCAAAAAGCUAGACGAGGAGUAUGAGGCGCUGUCGAAGACCGCACGACUCACCCAAUCUCGUCUGCAAGAGGAGAUGCAGCAAUGGUUCAACGGAUUUCCCAUGGUGGAUCAGCGCUCAGACACGCUUCACAACACGCUCCUCCAAGACUGCUUCCUUCCUCGCCUACGUAUGUCUUUGGAUGACGCGCAAUUCUCCUCCACUAUGCUCUUCUUCAUGCAUAGAUCAGGAGUGCCCGGUUUUCGGACCGCCAAGUUACUCGAUCAACUAUUCAACGCCGACAAGCUCAGCUGCAUCAUUGCCAUGAGCAGCGAGGAAGAGGCGAAAUGCUUUGGUCGAUUUGUCAAUGACGUGCUCAGGGAGCUACAGCGUUGGCAUGAUGACAAGGACAUCUACCUGAAUUUUGCCCACGGAGAAGACGAGCCUCUGCCUGGCUUUGGGCGUUCAUGGAACCCAGACCGGACCCCAUCGCAUCUGAUUUCUUACGAAGACUUUCGGCAUCUUCUAUACAAGUGGCAUCGCGGUCUUUUCCUCGCGGUGAAGCACUGUCUCCAAGGUGGCCAAUACACCGAGCUGCGAAAUACCAUUAAUAUCUUAAAGGCUCUUUCCCCAGUCUUCCCCAAGGUCGACACCAUGGCAAAGGACCUCCGGCAGAUCAUUGAACAGCACGCCAAAGAUGAAGACAGAGACGACGUCAAGGUUGCAGCAAACUCGUUGCUGUACGAAUUCAAGCGAAGCGCAAAGUUCUGGAAGAGCGAAAUUGCAUUCAAGCAGGGUCAGGAGGCAGCCAAUGCUAGCAGCGCAUCUCCCAAGACCGGCUCGGAGCAAUCGAAAGCGCCUCAGCCACAAGAUACGACUUCUAAGAAGCUCAAUGUUGCGGCCGCAACGUUUCAACCUAAGACUCCAGAAGUCAAUGGCCUACCGAGACUUGCUCUAGAGAAGAAUGCAAUAGACCAGAAGCAGCAGCCGCCGGCACCGACAACCGCUAGCGCUGUCCCACGUUUGAACGGAAGGGACACAAACAAGUCGAACCCAACGCUCAGAGAACCAAAUCCACCAAUCCCCACUCAAGGCAGAGAUACACCUAAUCCUAAGGGUCCAACUCUGCACUCCGCCCCUUCCACGUCCAUUCCCGGUCGUUCAGAUAACCGAAGCGCUCUUCAACCUACACCGCCUGGUAGAGUCGCACAUGCUUUACCAACCCGACCCGACGCCCAACCCUCUCGACCUCGCCCGCCUGAGCGUACUAGUGAGCGUCAAGCGGAAUAUAAUGGUCAUGGUCGACACGACGUUCGCGGAAACCCUCCCGUCAACGAAUACGGACGACCUGAUAGGGUCGCUGAUCCGCCACGUGACCGUGAGGCAUCGCCUGGACGUCGCAAUCGCCCUAGAACCCCAGACAGAGGACCAGGUCCGAACUCUACCGAACGUCGCGACCGCCCCCUUCGAGACUCUCGAGAGUACGACGAUCGUCUCCCGCGGCCGCCGCCUCGAGAUGUGCGAGGCCCUCCAGGACGAGGUAAUAAUUGGGCAGAAAGCCUGCGAGACUCAAGGGACGCGCGCGAUUCGCGCGAUUACAGGGAGAGGGAUUCUUUACGCGAACCCUUGCGUGAACCUCUCCGGGAACACCCUCGCGAGCACCCUCGUCCGCCCCCUCGUGAAACUCCACGAGAACCACCUCGCGAGCCCUUCCGCCAGCCGCAUCGUGAACCCGCCCGUGAGCCUGUUCGUGAGCCCGCUCGUGAAGCUCUUCGUCAGUCUCAUCGUGAACCUCCUCGUGAGCCUAUUCGCGAGGCUCCCCGCGAUCGAGCUGAUGCUCGAGGCCCUCCACAUCCGCCAUCUGCUUCUUUGGAUGGCAGGAGUAGGAUGCACUCUAGUCCCAUCGUGAUCACUGAUGAGCGUCGCCGGGACACGCAAUCGAUUGCGCAUCGUGAGGAUCGCAAUAGCCUCCUUCCACCACGCCCGCCCCCAAAUGCAAGCUCCACCGGCAAUGAAGGGCCGCGCUUGAACCCUGAACGCGCGGCACUCAUCAACGAGAAUCGGGGCCGAGAAACCUCAAGGCCGGAUCGUGAAGUUCCGACUGGCCCGCGCAGUGGGCGCAACGACGCGCCAGUUUCCACACGACCCUCCAGAGACAUGUUUCAACCGUCACAGCCGCGAUCAGCAGCACACCAUACCCAAGAUCCCAACUAUGGACGGCUCAAUCCGCCUACUGAGUCCAUCCCCUCAGGGCCCCGAAGUACCGCUCAAGCGACGCCUACAGCUCCGGCAGCAGCUCAGCCCGGUAUUCAUCCAAGCCGGCUGAACCAGAUCGACGUUCCAGGAGCCCCAAGCGGGCCUCGUGGUUCGACGAGGACGCAACCAAAUACAUUGCGCGCCAUCAACAGCGUAUUGACGCAAAACGCCCCACCAGAUAGGCCCGCCGAGCGACCUCAUCGACGCAGCGAGAAGCCUGGGCGUGAACGCAGCAAGUCCCCGGAUCGCAGGUCGGAUGCGCUCGAGCGUAGACCAGAUGCAUCCGACCGUCGACAGGAUGCACCAGAGCGCCGGCCUGACGAACGCGAGCGAGAGCGCAGCUCGCGUGACAGGAGGGAUAGGCGCGACCGAGACCGAGACCGCGACCGAGACAGCAGGAGAGAGGAGCGAGAGCGAGAGGAGCGACGCGAAUCAUCGGGGCGAAAGCGGACACGCGAUCCGAUGGACCAAGGCUCGCACGGGGAUCAGAAGCGGUCCCGGCGCUCGAACUGAGUGUCUUUUCCCGCACUCCCCGGCUUUUCAUUUUCCCUUUUCUUUCACACAUGUAUUCAUGAUCAUGGUUUCUCAUUUGCUUCCUGGAGAUUUCCUCUGCAUGGCGACGGCGUUUUUUUCGCGCAAUGGUGUAAAAUGUUAGCAGAGAUACCCAUCUGUGGCGGCAUUCUCGGCGUCUCUGGUCUGCGGCGCAUGCAUGCAUGGUAUGGAUAUGUGGUUUGUUUUUCCAGUUUUUUCUUAUAUAAGGGAAUGGGCUGGAUAGCCGGCAUUCCUGGAUAGAUUAGUACGAAUGAGCGCUGUCGAGGAGAAAAAAAUGAACGAAC